AUUUAGACAUGAAUAGCGUAACAGCUAGGCCACGAGCCUGUUCUUACAGCUUACAUUGGACCCUUCCCCUAUUUAUUGAGCAACAUUUGUUAUCUUUCUGCCACGUAUCUGGGAGAGUGAAUGAGCGACAGCGGCGCUGCUGCUGCUGCUGAGCGGGAAACACGACCUGCUGCCGAACAGAGCAACCAGCCGGUCCCGCUCGACUGCUGCGGAGGUCUGAACAACGUCGACUAUUCCAAGAUGGACUUGAUGCCGAUUGAAGAAUUCAUAAGACACAUUAACUUUCAUGACCCAAACCUUUCCAUCGCAGUGAUUGCCAUCAUGUUCAACCCUCUCUUCUGGAAUGUGGUGGCACGAUGGGAGCAUCGCACUCGGGGCCUCUCCAGGCUCUUUGGCGGCCCCUACCUGGCCUGUUGUGGUCUGGCAAUCGUCAUCAUUCUGCUCAACGUUUUCAGGAGCCACAGUAUGACGGUGGUGAUGAAGACCCAGGCCAGAUGGGCGCUGAUGGAGCGGACGGAUGUUUUCUACGUCGGGAUCUCCCUUAUAGUGAUGGGAACGGUUCUGGUGGUCAGCAGUUUUCUCGCUCUGGGCUUCACUGGGACGUUUUUAGGCGACUACUUUGGCAUCCUGAUGGAUGAGAAGGUGACCGGUUUCCCCUUCAGCGUCGUAGAGAACCCGAUGUAUUGGGGCAGCACAGCCAACUACCUCGGCCUCGCGCUCAUUGGUGCCAGUCCUGUUGGGUUAGUCCUUACUGCCAUGGUGGCCCUGGCUUACAAAGUGGCCAUAAAAUUCGAAGGACCAUUCACGGAGCAGAUCUAUCUGCAGAGAAAUCAGCGCCGCAAACACGAGUGAUCGCAUCCCUCACCUGCUGGUGGGGCGGCUGAGGAUUCCCAUCCGGGCGCGUGGACGGACGCACACCGGCUGUAGGCGUUGAUGGACUGCUUGAGCGGAAACGCAGGGAAAUGUGUGCUGGUGCGACUUAUUUCUUAAAAUGAAUCAGGAAGCUUAAAGCUGCACAAUGUAAUUCUUAUAGCUUUUACUUACAACUCUGGAAAAAAUGAAGAGACCACUGCACUGAGUCCCAUUGAAAACCUCCUGGUUUUUCCACCAAAUAUUGA